GUCUUACGUCAAUUUGAGUGACGUGUAGAGUUGGUGUAGGUAGCUUGCCGGUGAAGUAAGUCGAGACAGUUUUAUUAAAUUAAAGUUCAACCAAUAUGUUACGAAAAGUACUUGUUUUAUUAUUAUUAAUAUUCUCUGGAGUUCUUGCAUCGUCUCUCGAAACAGUCAGCGAUGAUGACCUCCUGAAUCUCAUCAAGAACGAAAAAUAUGUAGUCGUUCUUUUCACCAAAAAAGACUGUGAACCAUGUGAAAAACUGGAAAAUGAGUUGAUUCAUGUACGUGAAGAUUUGGUUGAUUCCUUAUCGGCAUGGGUCGUAAAAGUAGUCAACAGUCAAAUGCUCAGGCUUUACAGCCCUGGUAAAGAGCCCGCUUUGGUUUACUUUAGACAUGGAAUUCCUCUACUGUAUGACGGGGCCGUAAACGAUGAAGAAAUUUUAAACACGUUCAUUGAAAAUAAGGAACCAAUCGUGAGAGAACUUACCGAUGAUACUUUUGAACAUUUGACACAAGCCAGCAGUGGGGCUACGACUGGUGAUUGGUUUGUCAUGUUUUACAGCACUGAUUGUGUAGAAUGCCAAAGAUUGGGCGCCAGAUGGGAAGCGGUGGCUGCAAAAUUGAAACAACGUGUUAACGUCGCUCGAGUUAAUAAACAUACGACUGGUGCAUCUACGGCACGUAGAUUCAAUGUCUUUGAAGUACCUGAAUUUAUAUUCUUCAGACAAGGUCGUAUGUACCGGUACCAAAUCCCAAAGUACGAUGUUAGUUCUUUUGCAUCGUUCGCCAAAGACUGGUACAAAAACGCACGUACGGAAAAAGUUCCUGUACCUCAAAGUCCAUUUGACGAUUUGACGCAAAUGAUCGCAAAUGCCCUCCGAGAAAACCCAUGGAUAAUGAAACUUGGUAGCAUCACCAUCGGCGUGGUUGUAAUCGUUUCAGUAGCUUCCAAAUUGAGGCGAAAGUCCGAAGUGCCACAAAAAAAAGAAAAAUAAGACAAUUUUGUAACGUUGAAACAUGUAUAUAUGUACACAUUAGGUUUAAACUUAAAUUUCAAUAUUAAGUUUUAAAUGUGUUUCUUUUUAUACUUGGUCUAAAAAUAAGAUGUAGGUCUGUAAUCAAAGCAUUUACUUUCAAGUGUCAGCGAAAAGUACUUCCACAUUCAGCAAUAAAUAUUCUUAUUCAACUUCUCCUAUCGUGUCAUGGUUUAUACUCAAAGUCGUUGACAAGUUGUAACAAACAGAAAUGCGAUAAUAAAACAUUGAAAACA